CGACUCAGCAGACCCCCUAUCUGGGUACCUGGUAGGAGCCGGAACCCUGCGACGAAGGACUGGGUGGUGGAUUAGUGGUAUGGCUGUGCUUCUCUGCACACGCGCCAGCGCCGUGCUGCUGCUCGGGUGGCCGGUGCGCGCAGCACCAGUUGCCGACGAGGAGCUGACGGCUGCACAGUGGCUGCGCGAGCAGCAGAUGCGUGGCCUACAGGGGCUGCGGGCCGAGCAGCAGGGUGCGAUGCUGAGCGACCUCUCGAUGCUGCAGGGCGCGCCGUCAGACGCGGCGCCGUUGGCGACGCAGCGUGCCUAUCUGGACAUGGCCAUCGGCGGAGCGCCCGCUGGGCGGCUCGUCUUCGACCUCUUUGGGGACGUCGCGCCUCGCACAGUUCGAAACUUCGCCUCUCUGGUUCAGGGCGAGCCGGCGGCCGAUGGCGGGAAGCGUUCGCUGCGCGGCUCCAGGCUGCACCGCAUCAUCGGCAGCUUCAUGGCGCAGGGAGGGGAUUACGAUGGGCGCGGCGGCGACAGCUUGUGGGGAGGGACGUUUGCAGACGAGUCGUUUGCGCUCAAGCACAGCGCGGCGGGCACGCUGUCGAUGGCUAAUUAUGGCAAGGACACGAACAAGGCGCAAUUUUUCGUCACAUUCAAGGCGACACCGCACCUGGAUGGCAAGCACGUCGUGUUUGGCCGGCUGCAGUCGGGGUUCGAGGCGCUCAAAAAGGUGGAGGCGGUCGGCUCGCGCUCGGGCAAGCCGACGGCAGACGUCGUGAUCCAGGACUGCGGGAUUUUGCCACCACCCGACUGACCCAGGGUGUUACUCUCCAGAUGUAUGAAUGUAUUAUUGUAACUAUUCGUGCGCGUG